UGGUGCACCUCGUAUAAAGUGCUUGUCAUUGCGCAGAUGUAGAAAGCUAGAAUCCGUGGACGUUAAGGAUGUUGAUGCUUUGGAGGAGCUCGAUCUGUCUGCUACGGCUAUCAAAGAGCUACCAGACAACAUCCCUAAUCUGCCCCAGCUUAGGCGGUUGCUUCUCAGGGGAAUUCCUUCCCUGAGACGAUUCCCUUGGCAUAAGCUGCAUAGAUUGCCAGAUGUGUUUUGCUUGGAUCAAUGCUCAGAUGGAACUGUUAAUCAUCAUUGCAGUCCACAAGUUGCUCAGGUGUGCAUACGUGAUUCCAGAUUGUUUUAUAGCUUCAACAAGAGCACCAAUGAUUUAGUACGGGGUGGAGGACUUUUCAAAUCUUUCUAUGUUCAAGUUACAUCAUGCAAGGUCACAACUCGGAAGAUACAGGAUGAAGAGGACAUGGUGAAAACCAACAAGCUUCAUGCGUCAUUGGCAGCCUAUGCUGAUGUAAACCAUCGCUAUCUGACAGAUGGAGUCUCGAUGGUGUCAAUGGAUGACGUGCCUCCCUUUCGGGAGAGUGAGCGUCAUGUGGGGAUCUCAGCAGUGGAGCGGUAUCCCCAUGGUCUGAGGUAUCUUCUGGCAGUCACUGAUUCAAUUAGCAUGUCUGAUGAUACUCACGUCUCCUGCCUCAAUGAUCUGAGUCGUUUGGAUGAUACUCACGUCUCCUGCCUCAAGCUCCAGCGGUGCCAUCGGAUGGUGCUUGUCUUUAAUGAUGCGUAUUACGUGGGGCGGAGUCUGAAGAAUGCACAUGUCUCUCAUCUCAAAAGUCUGACGCAUUUCUACAAAGAACCUCUGGCUCAUACUGAUUUCCGUGGACUGAAGCACCUCCGGCUGGAGCAUUGCCCGAGGUUGGAAGGCGUCAUGCCACGUGGAUCUGCGCUGCCAAGUCUCGUCACGCUCGACAUCCUCUUCUGCUACAAUCUCAAGGCAAUUUUCUACUACAAUUAUCCGCGUUCUUCUAGUUUCGAGCUCCCAUGUCUUCGGAGGAUACACCUCCAGGAGCUGCCCCUGCUGGAGCAUCUUCGAGUCGACGACACCGUCCUGGCCGCGCCCGCGUGGGAGGAGCUCCACGUCCGCGGCUGCUGGAGCUUGCGCCGCCUCCCGCGCCUCAUCGACCGACGACCAGGCAAGAAGGCCGUGAUGGUGAGCGGGGAGCGGGCCUGGUGGACCAAGCUCCGCUGGGACGACUCGCACCGCAAGAGCUAUGAGCCCAGGCUUCCCCCGGCAUCCGCCUCCAUCCGCGAGUGCGUCAUCAUCAAGACUUACCUCAGGUGACGGAACUGAGCCAUGCCCAAGCCGCAAGCUCAUCCAAUGACACAAGAUUUGACGAUUCCACAGCAACCUCCGCCGACAAUUUCAACCUGAUUAUUCCAAAUAAUAGGUUUGGUUUGUCUGCUGGCUGCUUCAUCGUCCGGCCGGCGCAUCCAGCAGCGCAACCAGAUUGCAGUGU